CCUUAGAGCAGCCUGCCUGCCUGGCUGUGCCUCCCUGUGCUUCCUGGGACAGAGCCCUCCCCCCACCUAGUGAAUGAGCCACAAGACCUCCUCUACCUUCCGAGCGGAACACAGUUUCCACUCUUCCUCCUCUUCUUCAGCCUCCUCAGCCUCCCACAACCCCACCACCCGGGACCUGCCCAUGGAGAAGGCUUUGAGCAUGUUUUCUGAGGAUUUCGGCAGCUUCAUGCGGCCCCACACUGAGCCUUUGGGCUUUCCAGCAGCCCGCUCUGGGGGCACAGGCAACAUCAAGACCCUGGGAGACUCCUACCAGUUUGCAGUGGAUGUGAGUGACUUCUCCCCAGAGGACAUCAUUGUCACCACAUCCAACAACCAGAUUGAGGUGCGGGCUGAAAAGCUGGCCCCGGAUGGCACUGUCAUGAAUACCUUCACCCACAAAUGCCAGCUCCCAGAAGAUGUGGACCCCACAUCCGUGACCUCAGCCCUUGGCGAUGACGGGAGCCUCACCAUCCGUGCCCGACGCCACCCCCACCCGGAGCAUGUGCAGCAGACCUUCAGAACUGAGAUCAAAAUCUGAGGGGCCGCAGCCUGGAUCCUCUCUGGCCUGCCCCAGGGGAGCAUCCUCUACCUUCCCCCCACUAACAGGCCCGAUAGAAAAGCUUUCGUUCUCUCCUCCCCCGCUACCCCAACUCUUGGCUGGACCUUGGAUAGAGUUCCAGGUUCCACAUCUUAGAUCUUGGUCCUGGGGUCUCUGUUCCAAGCCUUUCAAUUCCCCACCCCAACCCUGGUUCCAGCUCCCCUUGUGUGGCCCCUGGUGGGUCAUUCCAGAAGCCCAGGGCACGUGGUUUAGAUUGGGGUGGAAAGUGUGAUCCUCUUUAUCACCCCUAGGGCAGGCCUGCCCCUGUACCCUAUGUAAGUUCUAGAUCAAUACAUUGGGACUCAUGCUUAGUUGGCUCUGGGUGCUAGAUCUGGACGGCUUAGAACCUCUCUUAAGGGAAUAUUCUCAACCUCUGGGCUAAGAAGCUUGGGGGGAAGAGAGAGCUUUGGAGAAGGGGGCUUGGUUUUUGGAAGCCGGGACAGCAUGGAGACUAAGAGAAAAGUUUUUAGAGCACACCUUGGUCCCUCCUGGGUCCCAGGUAUAUGGGGGAAAGAAAAUAGGAGGUUGGGGUCUUCUCAGUGAGUGAACUAAGACUCCUUUUUUCUUAGGACAGGAAGUCAAAUAUGGAUAGAGAUUCAUCCAAGGGAGGUGGGGGAACUCUCGGGAAGUUCCAACACUUGACCUAAACUGGCUCUCUUCUCCCACUCAAUCCCUAGAUAAAGCCUGAGUGGAUUGUCCUUGCCUGGGCACUCAACAGUGCUCAGAAAGGGAAGAGGCCAGUAGUCACAGCAGUCAGUUAACAAACAAUCGUUAAUCACUUACUGCAUCAUGGUAACCCUUCUCCCAUGACCAGCCACCCUGUGUCCUUCAAACAUCAGUGAAAGAGCUCUGGACUUGAAGUCAGCGGACCUAGGUCAAACCCCAAAUCUGCUCUUGACCACCAUUAUCACCUUGAGAAAGUCACCUAACCUCUCUCUAAGCCUCAGUUUCCUCAGUUGUAUGCUAAGUGGCUCAGACCCUAAGAUCUCUAAGGCCUCUUCCCAUUCUAGAGCCUGCAUCCUGUUAGAGUGGAUCUCAGUUCUACAACCAGACUUGGGCUUGCCGUGACACACCAACUGUGCCUUCCUCCAUCGCCAUCUUUCGAUCCUCAUAGCCUUCACUCUGCUCCCUGGGUGCCAGCCCCCACCCAGCAGCAUUGCUCUGGACCUCUGAGGGUCUGGACCUCAUCCUGGCCCAAGGGACAGAGAGAAGGCUGUGGGGAGCCGCUCAGGGUAGUGGCCCCACUCACCGUGUUCUCUCCUUGGUGGGUCCCAACCCCAUUGUCCCCAGCCUCACCUGGACUUCUCCUGAGGUCCCACAAACCCAACUAGAUCAUUGCAUUUCCUUCUGGCUUUACCAUCUGAUGAGCCUGUGGUGGAAGGCGAGGGGAGGAGAGACCCGGGGGGACGACAGGUAGCCCACUAACUGUGGGCAAGCGUAUCAUCUUUCAAAGCACUUUCCUCACAAAAGCACCAGGAGAGAAUUCCUCCCUCCAUUAUUCAGAAGAGGAAACUGAGGCUUAGAGUUAGGACUUCCUCAUGGUCAGUAAGUGUUCGAGCUGAAAGUCAGACAGAGGCCUCCUGACCCCAAGGCCAAUACCCUCCACUCUAUACCAGACUCCAAGGUCAUCACACGACCUCCUCCCUCUUCCUCCCCAUAGCUGAACUCUGACUCCCCAGUGUACCCAGUCUAGUCCUAUGGGGCUCUUGGCCUAGCCAUCACCUAUGCCCUGGGGCAGGGGGAGCUGCCCAUCUAGGUCCUGUCUGUAUAUAGGGAUUUUUCUAACCUGGGUUGGUUCCUGAUAAAUUAUUUAUGACUCCUGCUGUCUACCGCCUAAUAGUCUCAGCUUCAGUCCCUCAGGAAAUCAUAACAAUGAAAAUCGACAGUUACACAGUCCUCUAAGGAUGGAAACCAGCUUUACUCAGAUUAUCCCAUUUCAGACUCAGCGUAAAACUUGUGAGGGAGGCACUAUGGGGCGCAGGGAAGGAAAUAAACAUUUAUAUAGUGCCUACUAUGUGCCAGACCCUGUGCCAAGUGCU